UUGGCAUCAUUCGUUCCUGCAUUUGACCUUUACUAAGUAAGAUCAGUGGGUCUCGGAUAUGUUUAUGUUUACUUAGUACUUCUCUAUUGACGAUGUCCCCCAAUUCUGGUCUUGAUUACCAUUCAGGUAAAUAUCACUAAUCUAGCUCGUCAAGUUUUGAAAACCUACUAGUGUAGUAUGAGUUUUUAAACAGCACAUACCCAUCGAUACCUCAGUGCUAUCUAUCUGCUUCAUCCAACCUUCUUCAUUCAAAUCACCGUGCAAGGCUGCACACAGAACCAUAAUGACAACCUUCCAAUCCAUUCAAACCCGACUUCUUAAGAUUCCUGCCCCACUCCUCCCACCUGCAUCACCCCACGAUCCAACUCUUACCUUCGAGAUCGCCUCCCCUCCAACUCCAUCCAACCCUAGAGACUGCACUACACAUUUUAAAUCUUGACUUACCAUCUGCGCACUUUUUAGCUCGUCAUAUGCAGUCGGCACCAGCAUUCGAAGGCAUGUAUCUACAUGGAAUUUUGCAUCGAAUCGAGGGAGACUAUGUUAACGCGAGAGCAUGGUACAGCAAUGUCAACGAGUCAGAAAUAUAUUCAAAGCUUUGGGGAAGGAGCGGUCAGACUUGGAAAGCGUGGCAGGAGGAGCAUGGGAAUGGUGGCGACAGAAAAUCCUUAGACAAUGGCCAAAAGUUUUUGGAUACUGUUCAAACCUUCAAAGAGACACAGGGCAAGGAGGCUGACAAGGCAUCACUCGAAGAACAAAGUAGAACGGAGCUUGAUGGCGUUAUCGAAUGGUCUGUAAACAAGUUUGGCACAGGCAGGAUGGUUGAUGCUAGUUCUGCUUGGGUCAAGCCUAAUGAAGAGAUCAGGAAGAUGGGCGAAGAUCAAGUCAGCGGAGGCAGUGGAAGAAGAAAGUUUUGAGGAAAGAAUCGUUAGGACAGACAUAUUAAGACAAAAACCAUUGCAUUAGA